AUGGCGGGACGAGGAAUGAAUAGAUUUGGUAAUAUGAUGCCGAAAGGCGGUAGUAAGGGCAUGAUUACUGGUGCCGGGGCUUUACUGACAUUAGGUGCAGCUGUUGAUGGUGGUCAUCGAGCGAUCAAAUAUACACGACUAUUUGGUGUAAAAAAAGACAUAUACAGUGAAGGCACACAUUUGAUGAUUCCAUGGUUUGAAACGCCUAUUAUUUACGAUGUUAGGGCAAAACCACGAAACAUCGCGUCUUUGACGGGUACAAAAGACUCCUUAUCCACAAUUUAUCGUACACUUGGCACGGAUUAUGAUGAACGAGUUCUUCCAUCAAUCGUUAAUGAAGUACUCAAAUCAGUUGUUGCACAAUUUAAUGCAUCACAAUUGAUUACACAGCGUGAACGGGUAUCACGUUUAGUCCGUGAAAACUUGACGCGUCGAGCACUCCGGUUCAAUAUCGUUUUAGAUGAUGUAUCAAUUACGCACGUAGCAUUUUCACCGGAAUUUACACAUGCAGUAGAAGCCAAACAAAUUGCACAACAAGAAGCACAACGAGCAUUUUUUGUGGUCGAACGAGCUAGACAAGAAAAACAAUCAAUUAUUGUUCGAGCUGAAGGAGAAGCCAAAUCAGCAGAAUUGAUUGGAGAAGCGAUUAAGAAUAAACCAGGAUUUCUUGAAUUACGUAAAAUUGAGACAGCUCGAGAAAUUGCAUCAAUUUUAUCACGAUCACAAAACAGACUUUUAUUGGAUUCGGAAACGUUAUUGCUUAAUAUUACCGAUCCUGCAAAGUAA